GAUGACUAACCACGGAAGGCAGUAUGACAUCACCAACCCUGCCUUUACAUGCCAGGAAUCAUUUGCUAGUUGUUACUCACGCUUAGCAAGUUGCUUCGAGUAUUGUAUGAUUUAAUGAAAGGAGCAAAAACGACUUUAGACCGUUGAGUUAUUUGCAACCGGGGAGAAACACAAAAGUGUCUGAACAUUCUGAAACAAUGUCUUUCAUCCCAGGACAACCAGUUACUGCUGUUGUGCAACGGAUAGAAAUCCGCAAACUCCGCCAGGGUGAACAUUUGAUCCUGGGUUUCAGCAUUGGAGGAGGAAUAGACCAAGACCCGGGCCAGAACCCCUUCUCUGAAGACAAGUCAGACAAGGGCAUCUAUGUGACACGGGUGACACCAGAGGGACCAGCAGAAGUUGCAGGCUUGAUGAUGGGAGACAAAGUAAUGCAGGUAAAUGGAUGGGAUAUGACCAUGGUGACACACGAUCAGGCACGCAAACGGCUGACGAAGAAGAAUGAAGAUGUCGUGCGGCUACUGGUGACCAGGAAAUCCCUGGAGCAGGCUGUCAAACAUUCUAUGAUGUAAUGACUCCAAACAGUAGCAGCAGCUUGGUGACCUCAUUGUCUUUCGACAGGUGGCGUCCCUUCUAUGCAACGCUAGUCCUUUCAUGCAGACUGAGUUCGCUAUCUGACGUCAGACAAUGCCAGUGACCGAAAGCACAGUAUUCCAAAGCUUUUCUUGCAAGCUGUAAGGUUGGGGUGAAUUCCAUAUCAAAUUUGUCAAUUUAGGAGGUGGAAAGAAAAUGCUAUUCAAGAAUUGAAAAUGGGCAUUUAUUUUCCUUCAGAUUUUUCACUUCCUGAAUUGAUGGAGUUGAAAUUAAAUUGAUUACAGUCCUACUCACAUUUUCCCAAUUCAAACAUGGUACAACCCUUUUAUAACAUCGCUAUAGAACCAAUAUGGUGCAAGUUAUUGGGAUCAUUAAUGCCUUUACUAGCUGACAUGAGAAUGACUUAUUAAGUAAUUAGUACACUUCAUUACAGUUAAUGAUCUGUCACUUUUAAUUUAGCCAACUAAUCAUUUGAUGUUUUCAAGUCGAUGUCUUUACAAGCCAAAGGAAAACAAUGCCAAGAAACUGUAGAUUGAUAAAGGAUGCUUUGCAAACACAUGUGUACAACGCACAUAGCAUUUAUCUGCUACGGUAAUUUGUAUGUAUUCCAUAGAGGCUUCCUGUUUAUAUGAGUUGUUAUGUUUGAUGUAUGGCAUUAAUAAGAAUGGAACGCUUAGUGCUUAACACUGCUCUGUGUUGGUCGAAAUGAAUGAAUAUUCAUCGGGCUUGGACAAUAUAUCUUUAUUUUGGUAUCUUUAUCCAUGCAGUGCAUCUACCAAAGUAACAAGCACAGCCAAACUGCAUACUUUAUAUUUCAUUAUACUCUAAUUGUACUUGUCUACCAAAUACUGUAAUACUCAUUUGAGGAUUGGAUUUUUGUAGGUAGUGUAGCAGGAACACAGUUACUUCUCAUUCUCAACCCUCUGGGUAUAAUUCAUUUGGUGUUGCCAUCGUUGCCUGGAAAUCAAGGCUAGGGUAUAGUCAACUUUAAGUGCCUUCUUUCUCAGGUUUAUAUAGAGAAAGUGGCAUGUUGGAUUGUUAAUUAGGUUGCUUGCUGGUUGAUGUCAGACAGCUAAUACACUUUAGUUGAAUGCUGAACCAACGUUGAAGGAUCAAAUGAAAUUAGACGUUUGAAUACACUUGAAUACAAAUUACACUCUAGUGAGUACCACUAAAACGUGAUGGCGCCAAUAGGGUUUUAGUAUUCAUGCUCCUUUCCAUUCCUAUAUAGUUCAGUAAUAUAUCCUUUUUCACUGCCUCAGCCAUGUUUUACACAGUGAUGCCUCACUUUUGUAAUCCAAUCUUAUCAAUUCCUAUUCAAAUGAAUCAAAGGUAAAAUAAUAUUGUAAUGUGGAUUGCAAUAGUACCUAGUAUGUUCUACUAAUUCAAUAUUUUGUAUGGCUUUGUUUUUGCUAGAAUUCUUUGAAUUGGGAGAUUAUCAUUAUACUGUAUAUCGUUGGCAGAGUGAUGUAACUAAGUCUACACACACUUUUGUAAAGAAUUAACACUUCAAAAGACUGCCCAAACUUUUGAUAAAUGUAGCCUUGCAUGAAUUUUCUAUAAAGUUGAUUUCUAUCAAUAUGUCGUUUGUGUUAAAAUAUCUUUUUUUAUAAUUACUCCAAGUAUAUGAGGAAAAACUUUGAAUGAUCAUUUUGGCAUAUGAUUGUAUAUUGGACACUUUCCGAAUGUUCUUUAACAUAAAUCAAAAAUGAACUGAAA